UGGGUUGGCUCUAUUGACAUGAAACCAAACGAACACGCAGAUGGCAACGUCUUGGUGAAGCCAUGCGAAUCCUGGGUGGAACAAGAGAACCAAGUAUCGGAAGGCAUUGACUCGCUUGUGGGAGAGAACAAGGUGGAUGCUAUAAUCUGUGUAGCAGGAGGCUGGGCUGGAGGAAACGCUGCCAGCAAAGAUCUCGCAAAGAAUAGCGACAUGAUGUGGAAGCAGAGCGUCUGGACGUCGGUCAUAUCGGCCCACAUGGCCAGCAAGCACCUGAAGGAAGGCGGUACCUUGGUGCUCACAGGAGCCCAAGCUGCACUGGAGGGCACUGCUGGUAUGAUUGGUUAUGGAAUGGCUAAGGCAUCUGUUCACCAGCUUGUGAAGAGCCUAGCAGCAAAGGAAAGUGGCAUGCCUGCAGAGUCGAAGGUUUACGCUAUCUUGCCAGUGACUCUCGACACGCCAAUGAAUCGGAAAUGGAUGCCUAAUGCGGAUCAUGGUUCCUGGACUCCAUUGGAAUUCAUUGCCGAAUUGCUGAACAAGUGGAUAGAUGGGGAAACGUGCCCAGCCAAUGGAAGUUUGGUGCAGUUGGUGACCAAGGAUGGGCAGACCCAACUGACGAACGCAUGAAAAACUAAUGCUACAGUGGUUGUCAACUAUAGCACUUCUUAUACGUUAUUGGUGUAGGUAGCAUACUGAACGUUUAAUCUGAGCAUGUAGAAUAGUAGAGUAUGGUAGAUCUGUAGAUUUUUUCCCAAUUUAUUUACAACCGGUGUCUAAAGGUCCCAUUGAUAAUGAGAGCAUUCUUUCAAAUGGGAUUUGAUUUGAUCUUAUUGAAUAUCACAUUGAGGUGUCAUCAUCAGAAAAUUUCAUUUGUGCAUUCUGGUGCGAAAACCAUGUAGUUCUAUUGAAACAUACCUGUCAACUAAUUUGCAUAAAUUACAAGGGAAUGGCACUAUUUUAACCUCGUUUUGAUGUAGCAAUAGUGUUCAUGUGGGAAAAAUACUAAAACACCUUUCUAUUUAAAUCUAUGCAAUUUAUCCCAGUGUUUGUACCUGACGUGCCUGUAGAUUCCUUUCCUGGACAUGAUAAGAAAAUUGUUGAAAAAUUGAAAUGCCACUACCUGGUAAUUUUGUAAGAAUCUACAGGACAAGAUGCAAAAGUAAUGCUAAUAGUAAACAGAAUCAAUAAAGAAAUAUAUAUAUAUAAAUUUAUAUAUUUCUAAGCAUUCCAAUCAUGCGUUCUUAAUUAUUAUUGGACAUCAGAUGCAUUAAUAUAGAAUGUUGUGAAUAAUAAUGGCAUCUAUUAGUUAUGGUUUCCAGUGUUUUCAUUGGUUUGGUUACAUAUCAAUUAAUCACUGAAUUGGUGUAGAUGUUGACAAGUCAUCUCAAUGUGACUGAUUUCUACAUAUUAGCGUUGUUGUACCUUUAAUCUGUAUGAACUUCAUGAGGCAGCUACUUCUGAGAAUACAUAAUGUUAGAUAGUGGUAACACGUGGGGAUCACUAUAACCCCUAACAUCUUCCUCGCAUGCAAAGGUUAAUGAUGAAAGUGUUGCAUUAUUUGUAUGCUGUUGUUUAUUAGUGGUAGAUGGAUUUCUGAAAAAGAAAACCAUUAUCUGUAUCAUUAUUUUCGGGAUUUUUAAUCCUCGUGAUGAUUACUGUUUGCAACUUGUUAAGUUCCCACCACUGUCAUUUUGCGAUUAUAUCAUGAUUGGCAGCACCUCAAGUUUGUAUUCGAUUACAGAUUCUUUGAAAUACCCGCUAAAGGAAAAGAAUUGUGUAGAAUAUGAAAAUUCUUGGGAAUCAAUAAAGGCCUGAAGUAAGUAGUAUAAUACACUUUCCUAAGGAUCAGCAGCAGUAUUGAGUAUGUGGAUUAGAGUAAUGAGCAUUCUUACGGAUCAGUAAUAGAGUGAAGUAUAUGUCGAGUAAUCAACAUUCCUGCAGAUCAAUUAGAUGGUGUCAUGUGUAGUAUAAUCUGCCAACAUUCCCAAGUAUCUGUAAUAGACUAAAAUAGGUCGAAUAGUAAACACUUAUAAGGAUCGGUAGUGGAAUAAAAUGUACAGGUGCUGCAGCAUAUAGCUUUAUCAGGGUUGUCUUGGUGUGCGCAUAAAUUAUGCAUGCGUGUUGUGUUAUAAACGAAUGUUACUACGCAGUGGAAAGCAAUAAUGCAUCAGGAUAAGCGUAGGUUUAGCGUCAUUGUUAUUGGUGGUAAUUAAUUAGUUUAACCUUAUCAAGUUAUUGGUCGUAGACACGUGUGAGGUGCCACCUUGUGUCGCCCUUACAUCUCUGAGUAGCUAAAAGGGCUGCUACUGUCCCAUCAGGCACCGACGGGUGUGGAUAUUGUGGUAAAUCUCCUGUGGUGGAACCCUACCAAUUCCGGGCAGACGUUUUGUAUAACUUGAUCAUCAAACUAAGUAUAUGAGACUAAGUGAUAGCUUGUCAUAAGCCAUAACUUGACUUCAUGUUCGAUGGUAAUUCAAAAAUUAACGCGAAAUCUUCUCGUAUGCGCUGGUAUAGCAAAAUAUAUUUAUAAUAUCUGAAAUAUAUUUUUAACGAAUCUCUUCACCAUGCAUCUGCUAUGCGUGCAUUUAACGUGCAUAUGUCGGCGGUCAUAAUUCACCAUUAAAUGCACAGGUCUCACUCUGCCUGUCAAAUUAUCUACAAUUGCGUGUUUUGGUGUAAACGUUGGUACAAAUAUAAUAUCUCUGCGCGGCAGUAGUUGCUAUUGGUUGCCUCCUAGAUGGACGUACGUGGUUCUAGUGCCGACUUGGAAUAAACUAUGAAACUGGUGCUAACUCAACGUCGGAACACGACUGCAAAUAAUAUGGCAAAAAUAAAUGUACAUGUUCAUGGCAUUCGCUAUA